CGGCAUCUUCGGAGGCUUCAACUGGCAAGCAAGGACUUGAACGUGCAAAGCAAGCAGGAUAAAGAACUAACCUUUGACGACAAAACUGCAUUGACAGCAUUCAAAAACCAAAAGAAGGACAAGGACAAAUCUCUUCAUGCUACAGCUCUGUCACUACUAGCUAGUACUGAUAUUGAACCCACAUUGCACCACCAUGACAUCCCAAGUAGCGACGCGACGGCAGACAGUCCCAAUCAAGCAGGAAAAACGGAGAAAGCCGCGUCGUCAGAGCGGCCAUGCAGUAGCCUUUGAAAACAAGGAAACCGUGGUGCAGAGAUCACGCUUGGAGCGGACCGACAGCGACAAGGUAAUACGGCGCAACAGUAUGGAGCGUAAGAUGUCAGUCCGGAACUCCAUGAAGUUGCCCCAAGAUUUCCUGAAGGGAUUGACUGGUUUGGACGAUUCGCUCAAUCGAAUGUCAAUGAGUGGAUCUUGUCGCGGCUUGAACGACUCCAAAGGAGAGGUGACGUCCGAGAACGCCAACACUCAUGGACCCUCCUUCAGUAAGAAACAGCUUGAAGAAAUGUCCAAACAAGCGCUUCAAUUUUCGGACAGCGAUACAGAGGACGAAGUGGAGUUGGAUUUGGAGGAUGCCAUAGUUCUGGAGGAAAAGGCUUAGUCCCCGAAUGUGUGGAAGCAGCAGAACUCCUGUGUGAUUUGAGGCAAGACGCUUCACUGAGAAUCAUUUCGCACGGAUUGGCUCCUGGGAGCGAGUCAGAAAUCUGAAAAAUAGGGUGGUGGACGCAACAAUCGCCGUGGACGGUUGUUUCGAAUUGCAGAGGUUGGACGAGAACAGGAUGGACUGGCUAUUGCUACAUUCAGAAAGGGAAUCUUCAAUCUAAUUUGUUUCUUGCUUGCUGGGUUGUAUCAAGCUCGGUCCUUCUCCUCUGUACAACAACAAAACAAAUAAACGACAAUCAUAAUGAUGACAACACAGUGGAAAGCGGGCACACUUCUUGAUUCAUUCGCACGGAGCAUGUAACAAUGUAGCCUUCAUUUCUCCUCUGAUUCACGAGUGUAUGUAUGGUAGUAGAAGUCUCUGCUUCGAAGGCCGAUUG